AUGGCCGCUAUUUACGCCAACGUUAUUGCGCCUUCAUCCGCUAUUUUGCUCACUCCGACACUUGAUUGGUGGAAGGUUCACGACGCCUUCAAUGCCCAGAAUUUCACAACCCUCAUCACUGGAAAUUCGAGUCGAGCGUUUCCGUCAUACUUGACGCCGCGUGGCAAGUGUGCGAGUGAUCCUAGCUGGGAUCAAUGUCCUGGAGGAGGCUAUAGCACCCUUCUCUCCUUACUCAGAGCGUAUCAAACCGAUGGCAUCGAUCUCGAGACUCAGAUCAAACUACCAGUUUCAAAGUCGUACCGGAAGAUCAGCUCAACCCUAGAUUUCAACGAGUAUAUCGCAAAAAACGAGAGUCUUGCUGUCGCCACAACUUCCCAUACUUCAAUCGCGAUGAUAGCGGGUCUGCUCUGGAACCAUAUCCUAGAACAGAAAGUGGGCAAGGUAAACGACAUAGAGCGCCCACAAUUUCGACCCAAAAUCCAGAACAUUCGUGCACCACUGGUACAGGUUCAGUGUUCUCCCUUCUCUUGGAUCAAUGCCACCAAGAAGAUACAUGAUCCUGUAUUCAAGGCAAAUAAUCUCAGGAACUUCAGUCAACUUGUUGACAAAGAGGGCACCAACCACUACCAACGAAUGGGGAGCCGAAUCGCUGAAGGAAAGGAUUGGCAUCACACAAAAUCCACUCUCCACAUUCCUACUCUGAGAUGGGUCGACGCUUCAUCUUUGUUUGACGAUCCCAGUCUAUCUCUAGCUGCAGUUGCAACAGUCCCCGCAUAUUACUUUCAAGAGGAUAAAGCAAAACUCGACAGCAUCAUCCUCCCAUGCAUGAUUGAUGCCCGCUGGGUGGAUGUAUCCCUUGAAUACGAUCCCACGAUGGAUAACACAAUCAACAGUAACUUUACAGACCUAAUGUCACUGAGGCCUUAUUGGGAUCCCAAAAACACGUCUGGUCCUCCUGGAGGGCUCACCUCACCAAACGUCAACGGAACCAGAGACGUCACAAAGAUUGAGAAUCUAAUGGAUGUCUUUAUUAAAACUGACGACGACCACUAUGAGGAUGACGACGACUUUAUUCCCAAUCACUUUGUUCCACCUUUCAACACGGCAACUGGCAGAAAGCUAGGAAACUUUACGACUGAUAACUCGAAAGUUGAAUCCUAUGUAAACGAGAUCUCCAAGACUGUAGCUGCUAUACUCUCCCUCGCUAUAGUCGAUGGUAUGUCUCGUAACGCUAUUAGUCUAAAGAUGCGCUUAAUUACCAAGAACCUCCAGAACGGCUCAUCACAGGGAAUAGAAGAAUUUUGGGAGCCGCAUCCCGAGGAAAACGGCAACCCUGGAUCGGAAAUAUUCGAGGCAACUGACGUGGACGAGCCAGUCUCUAUCGACUGGGAAGUCUAUAGGUAUGGGUGGGGUUAUGGCCGUCAAAGCACAGCAGUAUACUUCGCCAUCACAGCUCUUUUCAUCCACGUGGUGUUGGUGCUUGUAUUUGGAAUCUACAUGGCCAUAUUCUGGGUCAGCGGGGAACGGCCUGGCAAGUCUCAAGAUACGAUAUCCGAGUUUGUAGCCCUGGCAUUGGCCUCUCCGUUGAUAGGUGACAACGCUUCAGAAGUGAGAAGACUUGCGAAUGGCGAGGAGGAGGAAGAUAGGGGCAGUUAA